GAUGAUGCACAGACUACCCUCCGCCCCCCCGGACUGUCAGUCAGAGCGCGGCCGAGCCAGGGCCGAGGGGCCCGCCGGGCCGGCGCCGCUAUGGCGGCCGUGUUUGACCUGGACCUGGAGACGGAGGAAGGCAGCGAGGGCGAGCCAGAGUUCAGCCCCUCGGACGUGUGGCCCCAUGGCGAGUUGAGGGCGGCUGGCCUGGAGCCUGUGGGACACUGCGAGGAGGUGGAGUUAACGGAGACCAGUGUGAACCUGGGCCCCGAGCGCAUCGGGCCCCACUGCUUUGAGCUGCUGCGUGUGCUGGGCAAGGGGGGCUAUGGCAAGGUGUUCCAAGUGCGAAAGGUGCAGGGCACCAAUUUGGGAAAAAUAUAUGCCAUGAAAGUCCUGAGGAAGGCCAAAAUUGUGCGCAACGCCAAGGACACAGCACACACGCGGGCUGAACGGAACAUUCUAGAGUCAGUGAAGCACCCCUUCAUUGUGGAACUGGCCUAUGCCUUCCAGACUGGUGGCAAACUCUACCUCAUCCUCGAGUGCCUCAGUGGCGGUGAGCUCUUCACGCAUCUGGAGCGAGAGGGCAUCUUCCUGGAAGACACGGCCUGUUUCUACCUGGCAGAGAUCACGCUGGCCCUGGGCCAUCUGCACUCCCAAGGCAUCAUCUACCGGGACCUCAAACCUGAGAACAUCAUGCUCAGCAGCCAGGGCCACAUCAAACUGACAGACUUUGGACUCUGCAAGGAGUCGAUCCAUGAGGGCGCCGUCACCCACACCUUCUGUGGCACCAUUGAGUACAUGGCCCCUGAGAUUCUGGUGCGCAGUGGCCACAACCGGGCGGUGGACUGGUGGAGCCUGGGGGCCCUGAUGUACGACAUGCUCACUGGAUCGCCACCCUUUACUGCGGAGAACCGGAAGAAAACCAUGGACAAGAUCAUCAAAGGGAAGCUGACGCUGCCCCCCUACCUCACCCCGGAUGCCCGGGACCUCGUCAAAAAGUUUCUGAAGCGGAAUCCCAGCCAACGGAUGGGUGGCGGCCCAGGAGACGCUGCUGAUGUGCAGAGACACCCCUUCUUCCGACACAUUAAUUGGGAUGACCUCCUGGCUCGCCGCGUAGACCCCCCUUUCAGGCCCUGUCUGCAGUCAGAGGAGGACGUGAGCCAGUUUGACAUCCACUUCACACGGCAGACGCCAGUGGACAGUCCAGAUGAUACGGCCCUCAGUGAGAGCGCCAACCAGGCCUUCCUGCCCUGCCUUGCACCUCCUUCCCAGGGCUUCACGUAUGUGGCACCCUCCGUCCUGGACAGCAGCAAGGAGGGCUUCUCCUUCCAGCCCAAGCUACGCUCCCCCAGGCGCCUGAACAGCAGCCCCCGGACCCCGGUCAGCCCCCUGAAAUUCUCACCCUUUGAGGGAUUCCAGCCCAGCCCUGGCCCAUUGGAGCCCACGGAGUCCCCUCUGCCUCCUCUCCUGCCACCACCACCGCCACCCUCGAGCUCUGCCCCCCUCCCCAUCCGACCCCCCUCAGGGACCAAGAAGUCUAAGAGGGGCCGUGGGCGCCCUGGGCGCUAGGAGGACGGAUGGCUGUGAGGGCAGGUGGGACCCUGGGCCAGUUGCAGAGGCCUGGAGGUGUGCCCAAGAGUACAGGAGUGAGUGUGUGUGAGGGUGUGUCUCUGUUGGGGGUGGCUGUGCCCCUGGACCGUGCCCACAGAGGGCCACAGGCUGUGGCUGUCAGUGGAGUGGCCUGGCCGCCCAGCUGGCCUCCUGCAGUUGAGCUGUGCCCUUAGCGAAUUAAAAUAUUGAAUCAUGGCACUGA